CUUCUCGAUUCUUUUCUUUCUUCUACUGAUCUCUGUUCGUCAUUUCUCCUCCACAUCGCAACUGUUUGUCUUCAAUUUUCAAAGUGAAAAACCAUUACAGCACUUGGAAUUUUGAGGAAAAUGAAUGGGAAUGGAAAUGGAAAUGGGAAUGGGAAUGGGAAUGGGCUGUGCUGUGUGUGCAAGCACCAGAGGAAGAUGAGGUGCGAGGAGAACUGUGUAUUCGCAGAGCAGCUUCCAUUGGAGAAGAAGGAAGAUUUCCAGAACCUUCAGAAGCUGUUUGGCGUACAGAAUUUGAUUAAGAUUGUGGGUACGGUUGAGGAUCAAUCGGAGAAGCACAGAGCUGUGCAAACCCUAAUUAUGGAGGCAAAGCUUAGGGCACAGAAUCCUGUGUACGGCCCCACCGCCGUUCAGGCCAAUCUCUCCGCGCAGCUCUCACUCGCCCAGCAGGAGCUCAAUCUCGUCACCAGAAUGCUCGCCUUCUACAAGGGAUCUAAACCAUCUUCGUCUUCAGCAGCACCUUCUUCAUCUUCAUCAGCACCACCUGCUCCUCCAUCCUGAAUGUUCUAUGAUCUUCAUCUCCAUAUUAUUAUU